AUGAUGGACCGUCUGCGCAUCAUCCCCGCCUCGCCCUCAUACUUCACUGGCAAGCCCGACUUCACCGACGACUUGCUGAACCUGGAGAACCUGCUGCGCAAGUACCAGACUCUGCCAGUUCUGCCCACUGGACAUGCUCCUCGUAUCGCAUGGAAGACAUUGGCACAGUACAAGAUGGGAAGCAACGAGCCCGUCAAGGCCGCUCGUUACACAAAGAUUCUGCAAGUCUUGCAACGAUUGAACUACAUUCACCCCAACCUCAUGCCGGACGAGGUCGCCUACGCUCUCAGACGCUACAUGCGUGAUGUUCAGCCUUUCCACAACCAGCCCAAGCCUGGUGUUGUUGACGAGUACGGCCGCGCUAGAGGCGUUGGCAGAAGAAAGAGCAGUAACGCUGUGGCAUACCUUGUCGAGGGUGAGGGUGAAUGUCUGAUCAAUGGCAAGCCCUUGACUCAGGCAUUUGGCCGUCUUCACGACCGUGAGAGUGCUCUUUGGGCUCUCAAGGUCACUGAGCGCAUGGACAAGUACAACGUCUGGUGCGUUGCAAGAGGAGGUGGUACUACUGGUCAGGCUGAUGCCAUUGCCCUGGCCGUGUCGAAAGCUUUGAUGGUGCACGAGCCGUUGCUCAAGCCUGCAUUGAGGAGAGCUGGCGUCGUCACAAGAGAUCCUCGUCGUGUCGAGAGAAAGAAGCCUGGAAAGCUCAAGGCUCGCAAGAUGCCCGCCUGGGUCAAGCGUUGA